AUGGCCAAAAGCACUGUAGAAAUCAACCUGAUCUGUUCCUUCCAAAGGAAAUCACACCCCCGUAUAUUCCGGAUCACUAAUCAUCAGACCACUUUACUUGAUCCAUUAUCCCUUCAAGGGGAGAAAGUGAGAGAAACGGAAGAAGAACAGGUAGAAAGGGUACAACCUUCAGGUACUAGGUUGAUAUCUUUUGAAGAAGUUAAGAAACAUAAUAAAAGGGAUGAUUGUUGGGUUAUAAUCAAUGGAACGGUAUAUGACGUUACGGACUUUCUCCCUAGACAUCCUGGAGGACCAGGUAUAAUACUUGCUAAUUCGGGUAGAGAUGCAACUCAAAUAUUUCGUCCAGUACAUCCCCCAGACGCAUUAUCCGAAUUACCUCCUUCAUCAAUCUUAGGAUCAAUAGAUCCAACCACUAUCCCUCAAUCAUCUUUUAAACCACCAACAACAUCGGAAAAAGAAGAAACGGAACGUAUAAACAAAGCCAAAAAGGAAAUGCCAAAUGUCGAAGGGAUGAUGUUGGCUGAUGAUUUUGAAUAUUGGGCUGAAAGAGUUUUGGGGGGUACGGCUUGGGCUUAUUAUAAAAGUGCUGCCGCAAAAGAAAACCCGAUCGGCUUUCUCUCGUUAGCCAUCGAUGACCUCGUGUUUUGGCGUGAUGUAUCUCAAGGAAAUAUAGAAACAGAAUUCGUAGGGAUGAAAUCUACUUUACCCAUAUAUAUAAGUCCUGCAGCUAUGGCCAAACUUGGACAUCCGUUAGGAGAAGUUAAUUUGACUAAAGCUGCUGGAAGAUGGGGUAUAAUACAAGGGAUCUCAAUCAACGCAUCAUGUUCCCUCGACGAGAUCCUUUCUUCAAGAAUCCCAAACCAAAAAAUAAUGUUUCAAAUCUAUUUGAACAAAAACCGUUCCGCCUCUGCCUCUCUCUUGCAAAAAGUAACUCAAGCGGGUGUAGACGCUAUAAUUUUCACAGUUGAUAAUCCUGGUAAUGCGAAGAGAACGAUGGACGUAAGGGCUAAACAUAGUGGUUUGGAAGUUCCGAUAAAUGGACCGAAUGAUAGGUUGAGUAGAGCUCCGAUGGGUAUAGGGGAAAUUAUUGGUGGGUAUCAGGAUAGAAGGUUGGUUUGGGAUGAUGUGGGGUUUAUCAGGAAAUACACAAAUUUACCUAUCAUCAUAAAAGGUGUUCAAUGUAUUGAAGAUGUUGAAUUGUGUGUAAAAGCAGGUGUUCAAGGUGUUAUCUUAUCCAAUCACGGUGGUCGUCAAGUAGAUUACGCACCAGCACCGAUAGAUAUUCUCUACGAAUUACGUACUUACCGACCUGACCUUUUCGAAAAAAUCGAUGUGAUGAUUGACGGUGGGAUAAGAAGUGGAUCAGACGUAGUUAAAGCACUCGCUUUAGGUGCUAAAGCAGUUGGAAUUGGUAGAAGUUUUUUAUAUGCUAAUGGGACUCAUGGACAAGAAGGUGUUGAAAGGUUAUGUGAGAUUUUAGAAGAAGAAAUCACAAAUACAAUGAGAAAUAUGGGAGUUUCAUACAUACAUCAACUUCGUCCUGAAAUGGUCGGUCCUGCUGGUCCUUGGGUAGGGAUGAGUAAACCGAGUUAUUGGAAUCCUCCUUCUCCCCCUUCGCCUUCUUCUACAUCUUCUUUCUCCUCUUUUUGA